AUGGUUUUACCCAGUUCAACUCAACCACACGUAUCAAAUGAUCCUAACAUAAAGGAAACAAAAACCACGUCAAACAAGAGCGAGAUACAUUUGGCAAAGGGAGAACACAGGUUCAAGUCUUGGUUGAAAAAGGGAGUUGUUGAACGGCCAGUAAAUAAUUUACCUUCUACAGAACCAAAUCCAGAUCCAGCAAAAGAGGAUGUUACUGAUAAAUCAAUGAGAAUUAAAGAAGAAAGAGAAGCAAAAGAUGAAAAUGAUGAAAGAGAAAGACAAAUGGACAAAACUGAUUCUAAAGCUCAAAUAGCACCUUUGAACGUCAAAAAGAGAUCAAACUGGUUUAGGAAAUCGAGAUCAUCGACAAACGUACCAUCAGACUCAAACACAUUACCAUUAACCAGUACAAGUAACCCUACAUUUGAAAAGGAAAAAGAUUCAAUUGUUGAAAGAACAACACUCCAGACAGUUCCAAGAUCUCGCAGUUGGUUUUCCAAUACAUGGAACAAGUCAACCACGAUAUUGACUCAAGUAAACUCUAGUUCAAGUGAAGAUUCCGAACCAGUGGAAUUGCUUUCCACGGAAUCUGCCAACAAUUUAAGCUCCAUCGAUACUUUGAUAAAAAGACUUGAAGAAGAUGAGAAUAUCCCCAUAGUAAUUGGAAACUACUUUGGUGAACCAAUAUUCAAAAAGAAUAUUUUUGAAUCAACGAUUUUCCAAGCCCAACUUGGGAAGUUUUAUAGCUUUGAUAAAUUCGACGAAGCAGCAUAUUUCUCAUGGAAUAUUUGGAAUAUUGACGAAUGUGGGAAAAAGAAAAUUACAAGAUUCAUUGAGUGCAAGUCGGAUUUUGUUGAUUUUUUUCGUCAUUUCAAUUACGAAAAAGUAUUCAUUAUGAGGACGAGCUUAGUACCUAAUUAUAAUCUGUUCCACAACGGGUAUUUGGUGAAAUUGAAGCUUCUACACGGAAGAACCAUUACUAAUGCAGAGUUAGGUCUUUAUUUGUUUAUGAAAUGUUGCAAAAAUUCAAUUUUAAAUAAUGUUCCUCAUAUUGCAUUGAAUAUCAACGUAUGUGGCUAUACAUAUACUCGGAGAAAGUCAAUGACGCUGAUAACUUUAUGGAUCCACCCUAUUUUGAGCAUGUCGUUUGAUAUAACAAACCAAGUUAAAUUACUAAUUCAGCUGCUCAACUUUGGAAUCAAAUUGAACAAGAUCACAUUGGUUGAUAUAAAUAAUAACUCUAAAACUUUGAUCAACCCGAAGGUAGACUAA